AUGGUCCAGUACGUUAAAACAGUCAAGAUCCAUUACGGUUUUCAAUGGGCACCUGGUACCGUAGACAUCAAUGGCAAAAUGGGGGGCGAAUACGUCUACAUCAUUCCCGAAUUCACCUCUAACAGAGCUGAGGCCGCCUCGUUGUUCUCGUUUACGAAGACUCAUACCAAGGACUUCUGUGCUGGAGAUAUAUCGAAAGGCGAUGGGAAGGAGUGGUUCCGGUAUAUCGUGGCUUACUACACGUUUGGCGCCCACGCUGCGAUCACAAGUGUCUGGAUCAGUAAAAACAGGGACACGACCGAAGGUGAUGGGCGCACAGAGGAUUUUAAUAAAGGACGCGGCGGCGACUUUCUUUAUCUUUGUUGGGAAUACGAAAAGAACACUUCGCAUAGCCUCUCGAUUCCGCUUUUCACGAUGUUCCCGGGUUGGGUAGUAUUGCAUCACCUCUUGAAAAACAAGGCAGUCACCGCAGACCACCCAUACUAUACGGUGGAUGAAAGCAGGGAUAACCUGCCUGAAAAUCAGCUCUUCAAUGUUCGGCUGGGAAACCUUGUCUUUUCUCAAGACAGCGUCGCGCCCAUAUUCAGCAACAACACUAGCGAGGAAGUAGUGAAGAUGAUCAAUGAACUCCUAGAUAUACCAAAUCUAGAGGAUCGCAGGCGAGUUAUAGAGGCUCGCUUCAAAGAGCUAAACGUCGUGCCUAUUCGCCGCCACAGCGGGGACCAGUUCACCGAUCAGCUUGUCCUUUCGCUAGACAACAGAAGAUUGGUGGUCAUGCGCUCCGUUCUUCCUGAAGAUUCAAUGAUCGCCGUCCGCGUGGCACCGCGUGGCGAGAGGGAGAAGAUUAAAUGGAGGUGGACAUCUAAUGACGAAGGGUUUUGGAUCAAAGUACGAAGUGCACAUCGGCCGCCGCCUAAGCAUGACGAGCUGUGA